GGUCCCAGGACGGUUAGGGGGUGGGGGAAGGGGAGUCUGUGUUACAGACACUCAGAAUUUGGGGCUCUGACCCCAUUGCUCCCUACCCUGGGGUGACUGACCCCCCCCCUUGCACCCCAGCUGUUGCCCUCCUCUUUCUCCACCCUGCUGACAGUCCCUCCUUUCCCAGAUUCCCAGCCGCCCACCCCGGUCCCGGCUCCCCCAGCCCCCGGCCUGUCUCUGAGCCCCCCGAGUCCAGUGAGGGGGCAGCAGGUCCAGCUGAGGUGCUCUGCUCCGAGGGGCUCCGGGGCCCUGGGGUUCAUUUUCUAUGAGCAGAGGAGUGGGAGCUGGGAGAGGCUGUGGUCCCAAAGCAAUGGGACCUGGAGGAUCAGCACGGAGAACAGUGAACUCAGCCGGACUUUCACCUGCUCCUAUCGGGUCCAGAGCAGCCCCCCAAGACAGCCCCACUCCCAGUCUCGGCUGAGUAAUGCAGUGACCUUGCUCCUGACAGAGCCCCUGCCAGCCCCUGUGCUCUCUCUGAGCCCCCAGCACCCUGUGAACGUGCGGGGAGAGCGGGUGACCCUGGAGUGUUCGGCUCCCGGGGGCCAGGAGGUGGCUGGAUACAGGUUCUACAAGAGACAUCGAGGCCAGGCCCCCGAGGAGCUGCCUGCAGGGGCCACGGGGCCCUUGGAGAUGCUCACAGUGGAGAUGGGAGAUUCCAGUGAGUACAGCUGUGCCUAUUGGGUCCUGCGAGCCAGCCGGGAGAUCCCUUCCCGGGAGAGCCCCCCCGUGCCUGUCGCUGUGAUCGGCCCCCUGCCUGUCCCUCAGCUCACCGCAAGCCCAGCACACCCGGUCUACGUGGUGGGAGAAGCCAUGGCUCUGACCUGCUCGAUUCCUGGGGCUCCCACGCUGGCCACGGUUCAGUUCUCCAAGGACGGAGGGGAGCUCCCCUCGCCUCUGCUCAACGACAGCCCCACACUGCAGCUCGCCAGCAUCGGCACGGGGCACGCCGGGACCUACUCCUGUUGGUACCAGAGGUGGGAGUCCGGGAGAGAGAUCUCAUCCCCCCCCAGUGGGGCCGUCGCCAUCUCCGUGCUGGUCCCCCCGGCUGCCCCCCAGCUCUCUGUGUCCCCGUCCCAUCCCGGCUACAUCCCCGGUGACUCCAUCACCCUGACGUGCUCAGCUCCUGGGGGCCACAAGCUGUCAAAGAUCCAGUUUCUCAAGGACAGUCAGAACCUAGAUUCCCAGAUGCCUGGUCCUGACCCACUCCAGCUCAGCCGCGCCCUCCAGCUGCCCCCCCUGGCCCCAUCCCACUCCGGGGCGUACAGCUGUGGGUACUGGUUCCUGGAAUCGGGGCGGGAGAUCCCAUCCGGGCUGAGCGACCCCGUCCACAUCCUGGUGCAGGAUCCCCCCCGGAAGCCCUCGGUGUCCCUGUCUCCGGACUAUCCAGCCUACGUGGCUGGAGAUAGGGUGGAAAUUAACUGCUCGGCUCCCCCCGGUGCCUCCCCGGUGCAGUACGGGCUCUACGAGAUCGGGGAGCCGCUAGGAUCCCUGACGGGAAACGCUGGGAUUUGGUGGAUGGAUCUUGAAGCCAACAACACCAGAAACUCGACCUGGUCCUUCUCCUGCGCCUACAUAGAGCUGAUCCAGGGGAGGGCACUGACUUCCCACGCCAGCGACCCCGUCUCCGUCUCCGUGCUCCCAGCACCAGCCGCCCCGUCCCUGUGGCUCAUCCCACCCCUCCCGCUCUACGUGACGGGGGAGACGGUGACGGCCGAGUGCGUCGUCCCCGCUGGGCCCUUCGUCCCGCGGGCCCACUGGGUGCUGAGAGACGGGGAGGCACUUCGAGAGCCGCCGGGGCCACAGCUCCCACUGAACGUCACCCCCAGCGACAGCGGGACCUACCGGUGUGGGUACAGCACAGAGCUCCACGGGCGCCACCUCCGCUCACCCCCCAGCGACCCGGUGCCACUGAGCGUGACUGAUCCCCCUCCCCAACCAGUACUGAGCAUGGAUCCCCCAUCUGGAGUGGUGAGUGAGGGGCUCCCUGUGCUGAUCACCUGUGCAGCCCCCGGGGACGCCAAUGAGAGAAGGUUUCACUUCUACAAGGAUGGAGCUGAGAUCAUCCCCGGGGACGCGGGGUCUGAGAUCAGCACCACAGAGCCCAGCACCGGCUCUAUGAACUUCUCUGUGCUCAGCAUCCUGCGAGCCAGUCCCAGCAACACCGGGGAAUUCAGCUGCGGGUACGAGGUGAACAUGAGCGGCAGGUGGAUCCCGUCCCCCAGAAGCCAGGCCUUGAAUGUCACCGGGAACUUCACUGUGACAGCCCAGUGCGUCACUUUCCCGUUGGCCAGAGACCUUGCAGUGGGGGGCUCUUUCUUUGUCAUCAACACCCUCAUCUUCUUCAUCACCCACCGCUGCUGCUAGAGUGAAGGUUCCCCGGGGAGCCCGGAGCCCAGAAAAGAAGUCUUGUUUUUCCCCAGGACCUCCCCUUUGGCUCUUUGCAUUUUGGAUCUGUCUCUCCACAGGGAGUGUCCCUGCCACAGACCCCACAGCAGCUGCCUGGCCUGGUAGAACCUUCCAUUCAUUCUCCCCUUGAUGUGAUCACCCAUCGCCCAUGGGCAGCUCCCUCCGACUCCCCUAGGUGGGAAGGAUGUUCUUCAUGAGCCGCUUCUCCCCGGGGCUCAAUGUUUCCUUUCUCCUCCCAGCAACAGAACUGCGCAGUUUGGGACAGAAAGAGUCAUGCCUUUCUAAUUGAAAUUGAGUUUAGUCCCUGUCCUUGGAGAAUGAAUGUUAAUGGAACAGCAAAUGCAGCGAGAGCAAGAGACAGUGAUAAAGGUUAAGAAUGGUAGGAAGUGUGUGUGUGUGUGUGUGUGUGUCGCUGUCACCCCCCUCUUGGAGGGGAUGGGACCUUCUCCGUGUGUGUGUGUAUCCCUGUUGCCCCCUGCUGCAGGGGAUGGGCCCCGCUUCGUGUGUGUAUGAGGGCAGCUGGAUGUUCGGCCACAGGGGCAGGGCCCAGGCUGGGGUGUCUGAGCCGUGAUUGUUAAAGGGCCCCUGAUUUGGAUUUCUGGGUUCUCUCCCUGCCCCUAACCGAGUGGCUCCCUGGAUGUGCCGGGGCAGCCCCUCACGGCAUAGCAUCCCCUCUGUUCCCGAUGCUCCAUUCCCCUUCCCCAGUGCUCAGGGCAUCGCAGAGGAGGGGAAGGUCAGGAGUGUGGACACAUCGGAGCCCUGGGGAAGGAAGAGAC